GUUUGCGCCGAUAUUAUAUUACAAGUCGACUAAUGGAGCUCGCAAACAAACACUUUGAGGGUCUUAAAAACUCAAACAGCUAUCAAGGUUGGAAAUCCUCGCCAAGGCGGGGAGUACUCAAAAAGAGAGUUCACUGGCUUGAGGCGUUCAGGGAAGCUGAGGAGCAAAAAUAUAGCGGCAAUAUCAGGAACAAAUGUGUGAUCCGCGAACCGGUCCCUGAGCCGCAUCACAGCACCGCACUCGAUGGGCCCUUUCUGCUGCGAUCGCAGUGUGUGGACCGGCCGUCGCAGCUGUAUUACGUCAACAUCAGCGAGCGCGGUCUGGACUCCGUGAAAUGUGAAGAUCUGGCGCUGUUUGACAAGGUGGUUUCCAUCGACGCCUCCGCUAACUCCUUCUCUUUAGGCUCUUUCGGGUGUUUUGCGUCUCUGAGAGAACUGGAUCUUUCCUUAAAUGGACUCAAGACCUUGGCCUUUGAAGCGAAAGACUUUCCACGUCUACAGGUUCUAGAUUUGUCUUUCAACAGUCUGUCUGCUGACGACAUCAUUCCGAUUGGACGGUUUCCACGUUUGAAAGUGCUCCAUUUGACUGGAAACCAGCUCAGCCACCUUCCUCCUGACCUUGGUUCCACCUCAAAAUCCACCAAAGCCCUGUUUUCAGCUCUGGAGGUUCUGUUGCUGGACGACAACAUUCUAACCUCGCAGGUCUUCAGAAGUCUGGCCCAACUCCAGAGACUGAAGUACUUAAAUCUGAAGAGGAAUCUCAUCACCGAAAUACCAUACUUUAGCGAAUAUUCCAAGAGAGAUGAGUUGGCGACAAGUCUUAAACCAGCCAUGCAGAUCAACACAGGAUCAAAGUCACCGUUUCCUGAGCUUCAGUACCUCAACUUAUCUGCAAACCAGAUUGUGGAGGAAGAGGCCUUGUUGGCAGCAGCUCUUUUCCCCGAACUAAAAGAGCUUGAGGUCCACUCCAACCCCAUGAAAACCCGGAGAAAUGGGGGCAGUUUACUCGCACUGUUCCUUGAAGAGGAACAUGGCGUCACCGUCAACCAUAAAGAGGAACCUGGAGUUGAGAAGUCUCCGACGAGAAUAUUGGCUGUGAAGGUAAAAGAAAAAGUGAAAAAGUCAGAGCGGAAAGUCAAGACGGCUGAGUCUUUACCGGUUGACCUACCGGGAUUUUCAGUUUCUCAGGCUUCAGAGAUUCUGGAGGGUGAACAAGUUUCCCCGAGUCAGGACGACUCGGCCGGGCCUGGUGGAUUCAGCGUCCAGGACUUGUUGAAGGAAGCGAAACCCAACUCUGAUGAGGUGGAGACAGUCGGAAUCCAGACAGCUGUUCGGAUGCUGGAUUUCACGCUGAAGAAUCUGACUGUUUACAGAGACCCAAAACCAAAACUUGACAGUGUCCAGAUGCCUUUCAGAGGAACCGCCGAAAGGGUCAGGAAACUGCCGCCUUUAGGAGGCGCGAAACGGACGACGGAGAAGGUGGACAAACUGAUGAAGGAAAUGAAAGCUAGUACAACCAUCACCAAAGCUCCUCUCAGCCGUGCCUUGCAGGACAAGCGUCACAGAAAAGAAGCUUCGCUCCUGAUGCGGGACUUGGAGAGACAUUACAAGACGAUUCAGGAAAAGACGAUGGACCAAGACGCAACGCAACAGAAGCUCGCUGAGAAGACUCCAGACCAGAGGUGGGCAAAGUGCGUCCCUUUGCCUGUAUUUCAUGCAGCCCUCAGAGCAAAAGUCAGUCAGAAUAAAAGAGUUGAACUCUAAAUAAACCUCAUGAGUUGUUUUUAGAAGUUUAUAUUCUUUUUACUUUUUUAAAGAUUUUUUUAAUGAGUAAUGCGUAUUUAAACACAAUUUUUUGUUCCUCAAAAAUACAUA